AUGGAUUUCAUGAUGCACCCCCCGGAGCAUUCUAAUCCGUCCUCAUCGUCGGCGAGCGUCGAUCACGCAGCUCGCUCUGCAUGUCCGGCCUUACGGGCUGCUGCUGUUGAGCACAACCAACAUCCACCGCCGAUGUUUCCGUCUCGACCUAAUUACUACUUCGACCCGGUGCACAACAACCCUCACUUUUGGCAAACUCUGCCCCCACCGCAUGCCCGAUGGAACACUGAUCCUCUCUACCAACCUUCUCCGCCUAUUUUACCACUGACUACUGGCCAAAUGAACCAGCCGCCGUAUCAAUCAAACGGGCCCAACUUAUACAACCCACACAGUAACCCACAUCAAUUCCGUUACCGGGCGCCGUUGCUCAGUUUGCAGCGGAUUGGAGGCACGGCUCCUAUUCAGCAUAGUCAGGGAGGUUUCUCAGGUUCUAAUCAAGGUCAACAAGGUCAACAACCUCAGGGCGGAAUUUCGGGCGAAACAGGACACAGCGCCUCAGUGCAUGGCCCAAGGACAACCUUACCAUCCCUCACCUCGAUGCCUCCUGCAACUGCAAGCCAAAACUUGCAAACAACAUUUCCCCAAACUUCACACCCCGCUCAGCAGUCGAGCCAGCACAAUCCUUCUUUUACUCGUCAUAGUAUGCCAUCACCUUUUACGACUUCCGACGUAACUACUCCUUCGGGUGGACAGACUGACUACGGAUCCUCUAACUCAGCCUCAUCUUCGCCUCACCGCCGAGCACCUGGUGGUCCUCGAACCAGCGACAUGUCAAACGAGACAGCAAGCUCCGAGCCGCGCCGGGCUAGUGCGACCCGAAACAGACGGGCUGUCCCGCGAUUGCCAUCUGAGUCGGGCUGGUCUAGCGAUGACGACUCCGAACCCGAUGCGGCUGCGUUUUCCUUCUUGGAGGCUGCCGUCAACAGUGCACCCGGUUUAGACAACGCAUCUGACGAACGUUUGAGAGCGCACCAACUUAUUAGGGGGGCAAUGUCAAAUAAGAGAGUCGCCUCUAAGAAAGCAAUCACUUCCCUCGAGAGUGUGGCAAUUUCGUAUUUGCCGGAAAAUGAAAGGACCUGCGUGAUCUGCUAUAACGACUAUGGAGCCGAGACUCCCGAAGGCAUCAGUGAAAACCCGCUGCGGCUGCCAAAGUGCAAGCACGUCUUUGGAGAUCAUUGCAUUAAGAAGUGGUUUGAAGAAUCGGACAGCUGCCCCUACUGCAGGGAUAAAGUCCCAUCGGAGCCUCAAUAUCGAAACGCGAUGAAUGCUCAUAACGUCUAUCGAUUCCUACGCCAGCAUCACCAGGUGGCGAUGCAGAUGCAGAUGCAGAACCGGAACGCCCGAGAGCACGAACGUAGCGAGCCAGAUUCGCUCGGGCGACCUGCUGACAAUACGCUGGGCGGUUUAGCAGCUUUAGCUUCGAGCCCGUUCCCAGACCUCGAGUACACUGCAUUAAGUGGUGCUUCGGCUAGAAGACAAGAUAAUCCGUCGAUGUAUAAUUCUCGAACACCAGCUUGGCAUGGCAAUUUCGGGGAUCGUCACUCUCCGCUUCCGUUUAGCGAGGCUGGCGACGGCAGACGUAGAGUGCGUCCUCGCCACGGAAGCUUGAGAGGAUUCCCCUCUGGACGGCCGCAUUUCUCAUCAAACGGUGCCACCCCAGCUCAGCAGUACCCCUGGCUCAGCAGACCGAAUGCGAACCAUUCACACAAUCGCCAGCAUUCUACAUCCUCGUCGAAUACAACUGCCCGGCCGACAUUUGAUGCGAAUGGUCCUGCUUUCCAGUUCCCGCCACAGAUGGGAGGAGCACCGCCUGAGCCGUACCUGAAUCCAUUAAUUAUCGCAGGUUCUGGUAGCAAUGGGGAAGAUUAUCCUACACUACCCCAUAUGCGCUCACAGCAUGCCUCGCCGAUGUCCCCGACAUAUGCAGGCCCAGAAGUCUACAUGUCUAAUGCUGACGAGCCUAUCUACGGGGGGGCUAUUUCCCACCAGCAGUCAUAG